AUGCUAUCAGAUACAGACUCUCUUUUUGGUGAAGAAAAUCAAUUGUUUGAAGAACCACAAGAUUUUGCACCACCACCACCGGAACCACAUUUUGCAUCUUACAAGCGUUGUGUUACAAAUGCGGUUCCAAAAGAAAUAUCUCUAAGAUUAGUAGGAUCAUCUCCAUUAUGGGGACAUUUGUUGUGGAAUGCAGGAAUAUAUACCUCCAAUCAUCUAGACAAAUUGGCAAAUAAAUGCAAAGAAGAAUUUAGAAGUAAAACAGUUUUAGAAUUAGGAGCCGCUGCCGGUCUACCCUCAAUUAUUUGCGGUUUAAAUAACGCUGCAAAGGUGGUGGUUACAGAUUAUCCGGAUGCUGAUUUAAUCGAAAAUAUUAAAAUAAACGUUUCCAAAUACAACAACAAUAAUAAUAUGACUGUGGAAGGUUAUAUUUGGGGAAAUAACUAUGAGCCAUUACUCAAAAAUUUGCCAAAUAAUAAAAAAAAAUUUGAUUUGAUAAUUAUGAGCGAUUUAGUUUUUAACCAUAGCGAACAUCAUAAAUUGCUUAAAACUGCUAAAGAUUUACUAGAACCUGAAAACGGCAAAGUUUUAGUGGUAUUUUCUCCACAUAGACCACACUUAUUACCAGCUGAUUUGAAUUUUUUUGAAACAUGUAAAAAAGACCCAUAUAACUUUAAGGUUGAAGAAAUUGAAAUCGUUAAUUGGAAACCCAUGUUUGAGGAAGAUGAAGAAACCGUAGAAAUAAGAUCCAGGGUUUAUGCAUAUUAUUUAAGCCUAUCCUAA